AUGACAAGACUGACUGAAAAUGGUGUUACAAUCGAUGCUCUGAGCAAUGUCCUUAAAAAACGUAAAAAAAGAAAAAGUAAUCAAGACCCGGUAGAAAAGAGAAAAACUAAAGUAAAUGAUGAGAGAGAAAGGCGGGAAGAUAUUAAUGAGGGUUUUGAUUUGCUCUAUGAACUACUCCCGACUACUUACUAUAAGCGUAAAGCGAGUAAAGCUGAGUUAUUAAAAAAAAGCGGAUACAACACAAGCAUCGAAGUGCAAGAUUCCAAGAGGACAAUAUGCACCGAUCGUGCCCAGGAUCCAACCAGUAACCCAAAAAAGCAGAAGGCUCACCAACGUGAGUACGUGACCUACGUCUCAACAACAUCAUCUGACAAAACGGGGUUGACAGGAGAAUCAACCUCCAUGAUGUUGCAUCGUUAA